CGCGUGGCGGCUCGGACGUGAGUUCAAAAUUCCCUAUAGGCGAAAAUGGUUAUGCCGAUUCCGGAAAGCAAGGACGUGUUCGGGAACAGAAAACGAAUUCGGAUCGAAAACAACCGAAACAAUCUGCAGAUCGUGGGAAACCAAAACAAGAUACUGAUCAAGGCGAACGAAGGAACGCUGAAUGUAAUUGGAAAUUUGAACAAUGUGAAGAUCAUGCAGAACUACGGUAAAAUCAACUACGUCGGGAACGAGGGGUCGAUUUAUCUGAGCGAUCAGAGCAAAUCGAUGAAGGUCAAUUACACAGGAAAUAAUGCCAAGAUUAGAAUUUGUGAUCAUGAUCAGUUGUCAGAUCGAUUUCGCUAGAGAAUUCCAGCGUGCCAAUGUGUGUUUAGAACAGCAAUCGAAAAGACUGAAUCCGUUUACGUGUUUAUUUAUUAAUUUUCAAACGAUGACCAUGAUUGUGAUUUUUUUUCGGGCAAGUGAACAGAAAAAUAGCACAAUUGUUAAUUACAUGACUUAGAUAACAGUGUAGUAAAUUAUUUAUUUAUGAAGGAUCGCGUAAAAAGUACAGUUCCAUCUAUGAAUCAUCAUUUGCAUGACCCCAUCAGCGUGUGAAGUCCAAUGGAACGGAAAUCCGGUUGGAUCGUAUACAAGUGUGUGACCAUUUUUCGCAACUCCUCCAGUGGCUAGCUUUGGAACGCAGAAAGACUGAAUAAUUUAAGUGAUUGUGUCUAAGAAUGUUUUUAAUAUAACAAGAAAGUAUUAUUGAUCAA